AUGAGUACAGAAGAAGAAAAUAAAGCUUCCAUUGCUUUUGAAAUAGAAUUUGAAAAAAAUCCCAACGCUCCUAUUCCAGAACACUAUAAAAAAAGGCUUGAAGAGGAAAGUCAAAAAAGUUUAAAUGAUGAAGAACUUCGAACAAAGCUUAAGACUAAGCUUAAAGCGGCAGAGGAAAGGAAAAAAAAGGCAGAAGACGAAAAGGCAGCUAAAGCAGCUCAAGAAGUAGCUCAUGCUAAAAAAGUAGCGGAAGAACAAAGAAGACUUUCCGAUGCUCAAAAAACAGAAAAUUUGGCCAAAUUACAAGAAAAUUUGGUUAAUGCUGAAGCGAGAAGAGAAGGAGCUCAAAAAGAAAAACUUGAAAAGAUUGCUAAACAUCACGAUGAUGUAAAUAAUAUCUCGAAAAAAUAA